AUGUCAAAAAAUAAAGACAAAGAUAAUGUAGUUUUCGAUAACGAUGAUAGCUAUACUAAGAAUGAAGACUAUUUAGAACAUUCAGAUGUUGAAGAGCAGCCCAAUAUUUACUCAAGUGAUAAAGAUACAGAAAAAAACUUUGGAGCUCAGUAUCAAAAAGACCUUAAAAAAUUUCAUGCUCUUAAAAAGCAAUUAGAAGAAAUGCGCCCUACAAAAAGGAGAGAUAAAUCAAAAACACCAACUAAUGUACAAAAAAAAUCAAGAAUUUCUUUUAGCGAAGAUGUCUCAAAUGAUGAUAAUAAACAAAUCUCCAAUAAUAUCUCUGAUGUUAAUCAAGAUGAGCAAGAACAAGAAAAUCAAGAUAAGCAAGUACAAGAUAAUCAAGAUGAGCAAGAACAAGAUAAUCGAGAUGAGCAAGAACAAGAUAAUCGAGAUAAGCAAGAACAAGAUGAUCAAAAUUCAGAAAAUGAAUAUCAAAUUGAAAAAAGAUGA